UUAGGUGACUUAUGUGGCACAAAUUAAACUUGAAUGACCUGUAAACAGUUACCUGUUGUGAAAUUUAUUUACCCAAGCGAUAGAAUAAAACUGAAACCAAAAGACAUUGCCUUAAGUCUGGCCGAAGCACUUCCAAUUAAAUACCAAAAAAAAAAAAAGGAAAAAACUCACUUUGAAACCAAAAAGGUUGUUGAAACAAAGCUUGCCAUCUCUCUCUCUUCUGGCAGUCAGUCUUCUCUUCUUCCCUUCAUGAUUUUCGCCUUUCCAACAGGACAUUGGUUUUGUGCAUGAACAAGUAAGGAUGGAGAAAAAUGAAGUGGGUAUUUCCUGGUUUUGAAGAAAAAGGGGAAAUUUUUGGUUGAAAGGCCUGAUUUUUUGUGUAAUUUUGGUUCACGUAGGAGCUUGUUUUUGUGCAUAAACAAGUUAAGGUGGGAUAGAACUGCAGUGGAUAUCUCUUGGUUUUGAAGAAAAAAAAGGAAUUUCGGUUGAAAGGCUUGAUUUUUGUUUGUAAUGGAAGGAGGGCUAGGUGGAAACACUGUUCCACCAAAUUCAUGUGAUAAAUCUAAAGUUUUGGAUGUAAAACCACUACGUACCUUGAUUCCUAUAUUCCCGGAGGCGUCUGAUGGUCCUCCUUUUGUUUGUGUGCCUCCUAAUGGCCCUUUCCCAUCUGGGUUUUCGCCAUUUUUCCCGUUUAGUGGACCACAAGGAUCCCGAUCUACACCUGACAUUAACCAAAAUGGCUUCAAUUCAACUCCUCUGCCGAUUCGGUCAUUUAGAGCAGAACCAUCAACUUCUAAUGGCCAAAAUGUGUCAUAUGGCAGUCAUAAACUCAAAUCAACUAGGUCAAGAUCCGUUAAAAAGAAAGCCAAGAGGAGCAAAUAUUCCGAGUUUGCGUUAACUGCUCUUACUAAUUUCAAUCCUGGAAUUAGUUUAUCUGAACGAGAUGAUGGUAACAGGGAAUUGGUUGAAAAUGUGCUUUUGAAGUUUGAUGCACUUAGGAGAAAGCUUAGCCAAAUGGAAGAUGCGAAGGAAUCACAUUCUGGGAUUGUUAAGCGUGCAAACUUAAAAGCUGGCAACAUAAUGUUGAGCAAAGGGGUGCGGACUAAUAUGAAAAAGAGAAUUGGGGUUGUUCCCGGUGUUGAAAUUGGGGACAUUUUCUUCUUCCGGAUGGAGUUGUGUUUAGUGGGCUUGCAUUCUCAGACCAUGGCUGGGAUUGACUACAUGGUUAUCAAGGAUGAUUUAGAGGGAGAGCGAUUGGCUUUAAGCAUUGUUUCAUCUGGAAGGUAUGAUGAUGAUGCUGAAGAUCCUGAUGUUUUGGUAUAUAGUGGUCAAGGUGGGAAUGCCAGUAGAGAUAAAGAAGCAUCUGAUCAGAAGCUUGUGAGGGGCAAUCUUGCUUUGGAAAGGAGCUUGCAACGAGCCAAUGAAGUUAGAGUCAUUCGGGGUGUGAAGGAUGAUCUCCAUCAAUCAUGUAAGGUCUAUGUAUAUGAUGGGCUUUACAAGAUCCAAGAGUCAUGGAUGGAGAAAGGGAAAUCAGGUUGUAAUAUGUUCAAGUAUAAAUUGGUAAGGAUCCCUGGGCAGACAGAUGCUUUUGCUACUUGGAAAUCCAUUCAGAAGUGGAAAGAAGGUCUGUCUUCAAGGGCUGUACUUAUUCUUCCUGACCUCACUUCAGGUGCGGAAAGCACACCUGUUUCACUUGUAAAUGAGGUUGAUGAUGAAAAGGGGCCUCCUCAUUUCACAUAUUCCUCUACUGUCAAAUAUCCAAAAUCAUUCAAAUUAGUGCAACCUUCUUUUGGCUGCAAUUGCCUUGAUACGUGCCAAGCAGGAAAUUCUAACUGCUCCUGCAUUCAAAAAAAUGGAGGUGAUUUCCCUUACACUGCCAAUGGGAUUCUAGUUUGUGGAAAACCCAUGAUAUAUGAAUGUGGUCCCUCAUGCCUUUGCUUUCGUAACUGCAAAAACAGACUUCUACAGACUGGUUUUAAAGUUCACUUUGAAGUUUUUAAGACCAAAGAUAGGGGUUGGGGUCUGCGGUCAUGGGACCCUAUUCGUGCAGGUACAUUUAUUUGUGAAUACGCAGGUGAAGUUAUUGACAAAAUUAAGGCCAGGCAGGAUGGGGGAGAUGGUGAAAACAAUGAGUAUGCUUUUCAUACAAACCGUCUGUAUGAAUCCUUCAAGUGGAAUUGUGAAACUGAGGUACUAGGAGAGGGAAGUUCUGACACUACUGAAUGUUUUGAUAUUCCAUCUCCCCUAAUUAUAAGUUCAGAGAACAGUGGAAAUGUAGCUCGAUUUAUGAAUCAUAGUUGCUCACCAAAUGUUUUCUGGCAGCCAAUCACGUAUGAACAUAAUAAUGAAGCUUUUCUCCAUAUUGCUUUCUUUGCAAAGCGACAUAUUCCUCCAAUGACAGAGUUGACAUACGAUUAUGGUAUUCGACGCUCGGAUGAGACUGAAAGUAACAAUGUGGAAUAUGGAAGAAAGAAAUGCUUAUGUGGAUCACCAAAAUGCCGAGGUUAUUUUUAUUGAGGUUUAGGCUGAGUACCUGUAUUCGGUAGAGAAGCAGAACUUUUGGCUUUCUGAACGAGGUAUGGGAUCUUGCUCAUCUUUGUCUAAUCAUGUAACUAUAUAUGCAUUUCCUUUAGUGUUUACAGCUUCUACUAGGGAUGCAGAUUAUUCUUAUGCCAUUACAUGCAGAAGAACUGGCAACGAAUGCAGACCAUGUCUGAUGGUGUUUUUUGUAGUCUACAUUGCAGGAAGUCUGUUUAUGAUUCAGUAAAAUACUUGGUAUUUCUCUUUAUUGUUGUUUAACUGUCUUUGACUCUUUGCCAAUGAAGGGGGCUGUUUCAAGUUUUUGUUCUCUCAAGUAAAAUGAUUUUGUCAUACUCAAAAAAUUUCUAGAUGAAAAGUAUGUUCCCAUUUUGUGCAUUUCACAUUCACAUCAAAGGUGCAUUCAAGGUAAGGUUAGAG